UGUACAUAUAUAUGGAUCGUUUUGUGUUUAUUGGACACGAAAUGUACGUAUAAAUCGCUUUGCUAUUAUGUUGUUGUUAGAAUUAUUUUUCAUGUUCUUGUUGUUAUAGAAAAAUCGCCUUCCUUAUUCACUACAGGGCCAGUUGCUUUGAAAUUUUCAGUGGUUAUAAAGAUCGUUUCGCUAGAAGACUAUUACUUUUAUGAAAUAACAAUUGCAGUUGUGCCUCGUUUUCGUAGUUUUACGUGUUAUUUGUCAGUUUUUAGUUCUGUUCCCAAAAAAAAGUUUUAUGACUGAAUUGUCAUUAUGCCUUCCGAGAAGUUUUAGUUUGGUUGCAGUAAUCAAUAUUCAGUCUCGCGAUGGAUGUGAUUGACUAGGCUAAAAUUAGCGGAAGGCGGACAACUCAGACUGUAGGGAAGACUAGUGAGUUGUCCGUCAUUUCGCAUUUUUUACGGCGACGUUUUAAGACUAGGAGUGUAAUUGCGAUCUUUUCAGGACUCCAAUGGCAAGAAAUAAACAUAAAUAGGGUUGGAUUUUAUUAAAAAUGAUGCAUUCAAACAUGUAAACCAGUUUAUAAUUACCAACACUUCAAAAUAAUCUCACAUAAAAUAAAAAAAUUUCAAUAGUGAAAUAUAUGCAAGGAGAAUUUUCUGAGAUACAUAUAUCGUAAGGUUCAGUUGAAACAUGUACGUUUACCACACACUAAAGCAACACCAUAAUAUAACGUAUAUAUAUAUUAAAAUGUGAAAUAUUGCCUAAUAUUUCUCUCUUUUUUUGAUGUUUUCAAACUUUUUUAUGUAAAUGUCAGCUUGGCUGUAUUGUGUCGGAUGUACAUUUUAGUUAUGCAAUUCAUUAAUCCAUUUUAUUUUAAAACCCUUCAUCAUGCUUAGGUGGAAAUUGUCAUGAUGGCAACUGAAACUACAACUUUUAAUAAGAAAAGACAUUUGUGUGGCCCACUAAAUCAACUGAUGGCUCUAAAUCAGCAUAUUGUAAACUGUGCAAAUUGACUAUUGUGCCAAGGGUUUCAAAUCAUGUGGCUUUUGUACUUGGUAAAAUUGGUGACCUUUUCUGGAAUUGUUAACUUUUUUCGAUCACUGGAAACCUGGCAUUGUUGACGGUAACCUAGUACAGGUACUGGCGAGUUGCCGUAUAUAAUUUUCGUGAACUUGAUGGUAAAAUAUUUCGUUUUGAUCUUCAUGUCCAAAAAUUUGAUCGUCAAAGCAUUUAUAUACAUACGUAAUUGAAAAUAAAGUCAACAUUUCAACCACAAGCAAGUUACCGAUCCCUUUAUAGCGCGGAAAGAGUACUGAUGGAAAGGUUGUGGGUGGAGACACAAGCGAGGACAUGGUCGGAAGCUGGUUUAUUAUGCAGAAUUCCGAACAGAUCAAACCCCGUCGUGGUAGCACCCCUCAAUAGUGAAUUUAUCAUUUAAGGGCGUUUCAUUUAGUUGUAAAGGAUUAGUAUGUAUUCAAGCGAUAAAUGCCUACGAGCACGACGAAGGGAAUGACUUUCAUUGUAUUUGUAGUCAGCAAUUUAUACAAAUAUAUUGGGGUGUGUUCAAGUAAUUUGAGAUCGUAUAAUUUUGGUAGUGCAUACACAAAAUGAUUGCAUUAUGUCAUAUUAUAAUACAGUAUAUAUAAUAACAUGAUCUAUCUGCAUGUUGCCCUGUAGUUGUGUUGAUGCCUCCAUUUUUAAAGUAGAAAUUGAUAUUUUAGAAGGCAUGCAGUCAGUCAUUUCCGAAUAGCCAUUCACGAUAGGUCAAUAACUCCUAUUCAUAUGGAAAUAAACUUCCUCGGUCCGGAAAUAAAACCCACUUUAUCCUGGCGUUCCACAAGUGCUAACAACUUUUCUAUACAUUCACGUCAUGAAUAGUAAUACUGUUGACUAGGUAUUUACCUAAUAAUGAUUAUGUUGUCAACAUUUUGAAUAUUUUUGAAGCACGUCUGGUAUCAAAAAUUAUUAUAAUGCAUGCCAGUUAUUUUUUACCUAAUUUUCUUGAAAUAAUGAAACACAAUUCAGUUUCGUUGCUCAAUAUACUAAUUGCAAUGAGCACUAUUGGAGUAGAACAAAUAUUUUCCAAAGUCAUCUUUCUCUGCCCAUGUGGAAACUUGGAUAAUCGAAUAUAUGGAUUGGUGUAUCUUGUUGUGCCGGCUGUUGUUUUAUUAAUUCUCGGCUAUGCACUCAAUUCUUCAACAUGGAGAUUGUGUACAGGAAUUUGCAAAAGAAGCACAAACAGUUUCGGAAAGAUGGGAUGCUACAUUACUUUCCAAAUUCUGAUGCGCUCUUUGGUUGCUCCAGUUUCAUGGAUUUGUAUUGCUCUUCUUGACGGCAAGUACUACGCAUGCGCGAUGACGUCACAACCUUAUGAUCAAUCGUGUAUUGAGGUUUAUACAGGGAGAACGAUAAAAUAUUCGAUCGAAUAUCACAAUUCAGUAGCUCAGUCUCAAGUCAUCGGAUGGUUGGCUACAGGAAUCAGUUUUGUUGUCGGAACUAUACUUUUCUCGACUUUCAGAUGUUGUUCUCCUCUAACUCAUUGGCAGAGACAAUAUUUGUUAUUGACGAAAAGUAUUGAAAGGACGGUGUUCGAAGAGAAGGCAAAAGAGAUGAGCAGGAGUAAAAAUGACUGGGACCAAAUCACAGAGAUGUAUUUUGUAAAAGAAAUGAGACCUGGUACCAAGAUAAAGUACAGUGCACUACAAAACUGGGUUUCGGAAUCACUGAAAAACGAAGGAGAAGAGGUCGCGAAUAACACGUCACUAUAAAACAAAAAUGUCGAUUGACACAUGCAUACUUCAUGAAAAUAAUAUCAUCCAAUAAAAAUCUAUUUCUGGCAAUAAUAUACUCAAUCUAAACAUAUAAAGUUCAUAUUCCAACAUUGCUUCUGUGCUCUCCCCUCUUGCGCAGCAUUUUUUAACUCACUGUAAUGCUGGAUCCGUUUGAUUUUCAUAUCCAGGGUCGCAAGUAUUAGUGACUAAUGUCUUCAUAUUUAGAGAAAAAUCAGACGAGACUAUUUCGACUGGCACUGAUGACUUGAUAACUUUACAACGAAAUGGACUGUAAGUUCUCUGAGUCCCGAAAAAAGCUCCUUUUUCCAGUUUAUUCAAAAACAUUUCAAACCAAUUUUUCUCUUUUCCGAUCGUAAAUGUUUGCUAUACUUGUCCACGCAGCGAGCAAAAUCCGCUUCCACUGAUUUUUUUUAUUGAUAGAAAAUGUCCAAAUAUCGCUAGAUUGAGAUCUAUUGGAUAGUCUGGAUAAGAGGGGGGAUUCUUUUCUAGAUAAUGGUGGGGAUUUUUCAAUAAGAGACUUAAAUGUACACA